CGAGCGCGGGACUAGGGCCAGCCACGGCGCCGGUGCUAUCCAAGCGCAUGUCCCACUAGGCCGACUGCUGUGACGCCCUUCCGACGACCCUCGCCACGCCCUCGCCCGCCCUGCUGCACGACCGCCGCCCCGCGCCAGGCCGUCUAUGACCUCCCUGUGUUCCCCUUCUGCAAAAGUGCCCCCCUCUAGCCGUGCGCCGCUGCUGCUCGCGUUCGAGCGCUAUGCCGGCAUGGGAUCGCGUCCCGUGCACGCGCUUGUCACUGUACUCGUGCUAGAUAGCUGCUGGUGCAUGCCCGUGGGCAACGUCGACUGCGAUACACUGGUCGACUGCUUACCGCAGCAGUCGCCCGACCGCUGGCAGAACAUCGCCCCCGCACGGCGUUGUCAUGUCCCUCCAGAGGGAUUCUGGCGAAGAGGACGUAGUGCACUCGCGCAGCAACACAGGGGACGGUUCGGGACCAGGCUAUAUGCGCGAACCUCGGAACUCAGAGCAACAGGAAUCAACUCCGAGGACGUCCCGUCGCUCGACCUCUCCAUGCGCGUGUCCUUCUACGCACCGUCCUUUCGUUUUUAAGACGACCUGGACUAGUUACGUCUCUAAGUGCCCACCUCUCCGCUUCACCCUCGUUCCCAUUCAGGCGACCUUCAACAACC